UCUUCUUCUUCAGGUCUGCAUUAAUAAUCAAUCAAUCAAAAUGCUGCACCAAUUCCAAACCCUAACCCUAACCCUAACCCUAAUUUCAUUCUGAUUUCCCUAAAUUCAAUUCCCAAUAUCAUACAUUCAAUCAAUUUCGAUCCCACAGGGUAGGUAAUUUACAAAAAAUGAUGGGCAUCAAGAAGCUCAGGUCCGUCAGGAAACUAGCAAAGAAGGUCAAGGUAAUCGGCGGCGCCGUAAAUAAUCCCAAACCCCCGCAGUACGAGUGCUUGCCCGGCGGCGAGACCAACUCCGGCGGCCGGAGAGGUGGCGGAACUUUCGCCGUGUACGUCGGAAAGGAGCGGGAGAGGUUUGUGGUGCCAACAGCGUACCUUUCGCACCCUCUGUUUAAGAUACUGCUGGAGAAGGCGCGUGAGGAGUUCGGAUUCGAGCACCAGGAGGGGCUGGCGGUGCCGUGCAGCGUUGCCACAUUCCGGCAGGUGAUCCACGCCGUCGAGACCAGCAACGGCGGGUUUUGCAUUGGGGAGCUCGUUGAAGGUGGAGAGUUGUCGCCGCCACCCCCAAAUCGAUUAAUCCGUACCAUGUCGUUGCAGGGAUGA